ACAAAGAUGAAUCACUAAAAUGUAAUUUAAUCCAAUGGUUGGUAGAGUUGCGUCAACUUAAAGCCACGCUGAAUCCUCAAUUCAAAUCGCUCUCUCUUAUAAGCCCGUUCUUAUCGCCGUCUUCACCGUCUAUCAUUUCUCUGCUCACACCACAAACUCGCUUUCUCGCAGUCCCUCGCCCUUUACUAAUGGCUUUGCCAAAUCAGCAGACUGUAGACUACCCGAGCUUCAAGCUUGUAAUCGUCGGUGAUGGAGGCACUGGAAAGACUACUUUUGUCAAGAGGCAUUUGACAGGGGAGUUUGAGAAGAAAUAUGAACCAACCAUUGGUGUGGAGGUUCAUCCAUUGGAUUUCUUUACAAAUUGCGGGAAAAUCCGUUUCUACUGCUGGGACACUGCCGGGCAAGAGAAAUUUGGUGGGCUCAGAGAUGGCUACUACAUCCAUGGGCAAUGUGCCAUCAUUAUGUUUGAUGUUACUGCCCGCUUGACAUACAAGAAUGUUCCUACGUGGCAUCGCGAUCUGUGCCGGGUGUGUGAAAAUAUACCUAUUGUUCUCUGUGGAAACAAGGUUGAUGUGAAGAACAGGCAAGUCAAGGCAAAGCAGGUCACAUUCCACAGGAAGAAGAAUCUGCAGUACUAUGAGAUCUCUGCCAAGAGCAACUACAAUUUUGAGAAACCUUUCUUGUACCUUGCCAGGAAGCUUGCCGGGGACCCUAAUAUUCACUUUGUCGAGUCUCCUGCUCUUGCUCCUCCAGAAGUACACAUAGACUUGGCUGCACAGCAACAGCAUGAAGCCGAGCUUGCUGCAGCAGCUAGUCAGCCUCUUCCUGAUGAUGAUGAUGACGCAUUUGAGUAGAGGGCAGUUGCUGGUGUGGCACAACCAUAUGUGCUUCUUUUUAAGCCCCCUUGACCUUGUAUUAGCGUUUAUCAUUUGAAAAUAUUUGCAACAUUUAUAUGGCAGGAUUUAGUAAUGGGAAUGUAGUAGUUAGGUCUUCCUCCA